AUGGCUCGGUGCGACUCUUCCUUCGUCGCCGUCCCCUACCGCACCCCCUCCGCCUCGCCAGACCGCUCAGCGAUUCACUCCAAGCCCGCCAUGACGGCCGUCGUCGCCGCCCCGCCAGCUCCGACGACCGUUCACAACGCCGCACCGCCCUCGCCUCCUCUCGGACCCAUCUCGGCGCUCGCCCUCUUUGCCGCAGAGAUGUUUGUCUGGCUGUGGUUUGCCCCGACCAGCGGUGGAGCGGGCGUGGGAGAGGCGGCGACGCCGGAAGACGGUGCGGGACUCGCGCGACUCCAGGUCAAGCCGACGGAUCGCUUCCUGCGGUUCUGUCACGAGGUCCUCUCGACGACGCAAGUCUCGCACUCGGUCGUCUUGCUCGCCCUGCUCUUCGUCUCGCGGCUGAAGCAGCGGAACGACAUCAAGGGAGCGGCGGGUUCAGAAUACCGGCUCGCGGUGACGGCGCUCAUGCUCGGCAACAAGAUCCUCGACGACAACACCUACACGGCCCAGACCUGGUCUCAAGUCUCCUCUCUCGAGCUCAAACCGCUCGUCGCCGGCGAAGCCGAGUUCCUGCGAGGGCUCGACUGGAGCCUGCACGUGACGAAGCGCGACUUUGAUGCGUGGCUCAAGCUCCUCGAGGGCCAUGUCGCUGCUCGCAAUGCCCGGCUCGGAAAGAUCCCUGCCCCCUCGAACGGUAUCGCGACGCCGUCGCGACGCCGGUCGACCAAGCGGUUGUCUGCGUCGAGGCUUUCGCCUGAUCUGCACGCACUCAGAGCGAGCGCCGCGAUUCCGCCGCACCUGCAAGCCUCGACCACCGAUCCGUUCCUCACGACUGAGGAAGCACGGCGAGUCAAGCCUCGACUGAUGGCGCCGGCUUCGACGAACACAACCCCUCGACUCGCCUUUGCCGACUACUCGCUCGCUCCGCCCUAUCCCCCGCCGUUCCAGCUUCACGCCUCCGCACCCCUCCCAGUUUACAGCAUACCGGCGCCCUCCCGAGAUCCGCCACGACCACCACUCGACCUCUCGCCCACAACCACAAGCUCGCAGAAGCGCAACUCGGGUUUCCGAGCAAGCGCGUCGCAUGCCUCGGGCGUCAAGCGGAGCGCGGACGACGCGUUCGGGCAGGACCAGCAGCACCCGGCUUACGUCGCGUCGGCGUUGCCGCCGUACGUGCAGGCGCAGGUGCAUGGUGGGCAGAUGACGCGGUCGUGGAGCGCUGGGCCGACUGCUGCGCCUGGCUCGGUGACGGCGGCGCAGGACACCCUUCAAGCUUCGUCGUCUGCGACUCGACCCCUUCUCCAAGCCCUGUCCUCUUCGCCCACGCGCGACCUCUUCUCGCAUCAUGUCACGCCUGUUCCGUGGGCGACUACUCCCACUCCCUACGCAUCGCGCCCGUCGUCAUCCUCUUCCGCCGCGGCCCACCUCCCUCCACUUCAACUCUUUGCUCCGCCCAUCCCAACCGGCUUCAGCACCCUCUCCGACUCCUUCUCGCCGCAUUACGACCCCGAACAGCACCGGCGCUUGCGGCAAGGCAGCGUCAGCCUCAACUACUACGCCCUUGCAGCGGGCCAAGGGCUCGGGCACCUGCGGCAGACGCUCCCGCCGCCAACUUUGCCCGUCUACCCGUUUGUUUCGGGUGCGAACGCGCAGCAGGCGUAUCCGUACCCGUAUGGAUAUGCGCCGCUGUACCCUCUCUCCGUCUCGACAUCGACCUCGCCCCUCUCGGCCGGCGCGUCUAGCAACCACCGCUACCCUUCGUACCCGACGCCGACGUCCGCUACCGCCACGAACCCAACAAGCUCGGCGAUGGCUCCCUCCUCGUCGAUGCACACGAGCAGCGACUCGAGGCGGCUCAGCGGGAUGUCAGCGAGCAGUCCACCAGGCUGGGUCCCGCCUUUACCUCUCCCCUCUGCCGCAACCGCUCCUGCCUAUCCGUACAUCCCUCCCCCUCCAGCAACGUACGGCUACCCGCCUCAUCCGUACUGGUCGGCGUACUCGAAUGCAGGCGUCCCCGGCGUGUACUGGCAAGGACCCUGA